CACACGCGACCUGAGCAGACGACCCCGACCGCCCUUUCCACCCCUCUCUGCCAGCGCUGCUCCCACCCCGACAGCGACUCCGUGUGCACGAUACUCGACCACCACGCCCGCAAUGGCCCAAACACCCCAACAGCGCGCCGCCAACGCGCGCUACGCACGUCGCGAGGAGGGCAAGAUGGGCAAGCCCGUGGAGGAGCGGGUCAAGCGCACCAAGCAGGACUACAAGUCGCCCAUUAGCAAAGGAUGGAUAAUCGUCCUGGGCUUCGUGCUGGCCGGCGGUGCCAUCUUCGAGCUUCUCAAGCUGUUCUUCUAAAGAGACCGAGCGAGCGACUGCGCAUGACCAGGCGACUGGCCUGGUGGCUGAGCACUCACGAUCCCUGGCAGAAGCAGCACGAUCUAGACCAGGUGCAGGCAAUUGGUUGGAGGGGCGUUUACUUUCGAUAUCAAAGCUCUAGGGACAACGGCGUUCAUAGCGUGGGAUUAGCAUAUGCGCGUGACAGCUACCUGUCGCCGCCUACUUGGACUUCUUCACGUGUGCGUAGCACGGCGGCCGACACCGAAUGCAACACACUCAGUUCAAAUUCUGGCGCAGACGAGAAACUGUGAACAGCUCCGCUCUAGCACAGUUUGGUGCUCUCGAUGUUUUUUUUGGGUGCUAAUCUUCGACACAUGUUGUC